GAGAAAGAGACAGCAGUCAUAAAGUCAAGUUUGUUUAUUUGCUGGAGGACAGGACACCACCUUUACAAAGGAGCAGAGCCUUCAGGUUGACAUCCAGUAUAAUGAACAAAGAUUUUUUUCCACGAGGUUGUCUUCCCUCUGGGACAUCGUUUCAGUUUCGCCUUAUUGUGUGUACUCUUGUCUUCACUCUUGUUAUAUCUUCAUAUGCAAGAGUGUCAGCUAAAGGUAUUACAACUACUUGCAACAUUCCCUGGGUCCAGCCCUUGGCAAACACAUCUCUGACAUGUCUUUUCCCAGAAGAUGUUAGCUACACGAAGAAAGAUUUUACAGUUCAUCACUACAAAGAAAAGGGAAGUCCAGAUGCUGUGCUGGAUUGCUGGUGGCUUUAUGGAAGACUCGGCUGUAAUGUCAAACCUGGGUACCAAUAUGACAAAAAGAUAUCCGAUAGACUGUCUCUGACGAUUCCACGAGUUUCAAUAUCCCAGAUGGGCUCGUACACGUGUCAACUUGUUGGCUAUGGACGGGAAUCCAUUGAAUUCUGCCAUCUCGAUGUCCUGACAGUGAGUGGAUCUGUUUGUGACAUCCCGUCCGUCAAACAAGAAUCAGAAACAUCUUUGUCCUGUUACUUCCCCGUGGACCUCAGCAAAACCCGACAAGACUUUGCUGUCUAUCACUUGAGCCAGGGUGUCAGAGCUGUUGUGUUAAGUUGUACCUGGGAGGAAGACAACCCGAGCUGCAACGUUGCCCCAGGUUUUCAGUUUGACGGGAGUGUGUCUAGUCAUCUCACCUUGACCAUACCCAGCGCCUUCAAGACUCAUGAAGGAACAUACAGCUGUCAAAGUACAAGCAAGGAGCCUUUCUUAUAUAACACCUGCUCCUUCACACUUCACAAAGUAACAUCGUGUUUAGUUCAACAUGUCAAGGAGGAGCAGCCUACAGAACUACGAUGCAACUUUAGUGUUGAUGUUAAUAAGACUCGACAGGACUUUAAGGUGGUUCUUCAAGGCCAAGACGAGGACAUCCUGACUUGUACCUGGCCAGACGGAAAGUUAGUCUGUAGCACAGCUCCGGGAUUCGAGUUUGACAACAUCGUCACCAAUCGCCUCGUCGUCAGAGUACCUCGAUCCUCACCCACACAGAAUGGAACGUACACCUGUCACCUGCAAGGCUUUGAUCCCAGUAGCUUUCAGUCAUGUGACUUUCUCGUGACCUCAGAGUCGGUUACUUCCCUUGAUGUAGGUGCAAUUGUAGGAGGUGUUAUAGCGGCAGUGGCUGUCAUCGCGAUUAUCAUCACUGUGUUCAUGGUUUUACAUAAACGUCGACAACCAAGUCAGAAGACAGUCUCUAAAGAAGAAGAACUAUCAUUGCUAAACAAGAAAGAGGAGGUUACACAGAACGCCAUUACGUUUUUGAAAGAGUCUACCAACAAACUGUAUCAAGACAUGGAAACAAGUUUCUUUUUCGUACCAUCUCUUUAUAUAAAUAAAAACACAUACCGAAUAGAAGAAUUUGCCGGUGAGCAAAUAUUCAUUACACAGCAAUGCAAUGAAGAGGACAUGAAGCACGACAAGGCCAUGCAAGAGAUCCUUCAGAAUAUUCACCAGAUGGUGGACAGUGAGAAGGAGGUCAUGUUUGUCAUCUCACAGUUUGACUAUAACAGCUACCUGUCUACUUUAGGAGAUAACUUUUCUGGUCACCAACUUCCAAUGCCAGCUAAACUCAGGCAACAAGACCAGAACUACGGUGACUUUGACCUGCUCAUUGUCCACCGCCAGUGCGGGCUACUCGUGGUGGUGGUCAAGACUUGCACUGUUCGGACUGGAGAUGGUCAAGAUGACACCAAGUUAGUGGAUGAGGUCAAGAAAGGUGUCAACCAGUUGCUAGACGCAGAGCACAUGCUGCAACAUCUUCUGUCUGAUCAGCAGUGGAACCUCGCUGUACACAAAACACUGAUGCAACCCAACGUUUCAAAAGAAGUUCUUAGAGGCGAGCUGGAGAAACACAGUCUGGAGGGACUGGUGGACAGUACUGGGAAAAUGAAUGUAACACUACCAAUGUUCCGCAGAAAGACAGAAAACACUUUCCAAAAUGUCAGUAUUCAGGACAGCUGCCUGUGUGCUGAAAGCCUCAAAAGUGGCAACACGAGUCUGAAAUUAUGGUUAAAAAGUGUUUUUAACGGUGAUCCCAUUAUAAAUGAUGAACAGUAUCUUACAAUAAUUUCCAGGUUUUGUGGUCCAGCCUCACAGUCUCCACUUCCUGUGCCCGACACUAUAUCAUGUGACAUUCUGCCCGUUACACCUGAACACGCUGUGUGUCUGACAGGGAAGCUCUUCGAAACCACAAUUCUUCAUGAGCACCACUUGCGUGUGCUGAAACAAGCUCCACCCCGUGUUUGUCUCUGUGGUCCUCCAGGCACAGGGAAGACAAGAACACUUGAGCUGAUCGGAAGACGAUGGAUGUCAGAAGGUCAUGAUGUUCAUGUGGUCUCCUUGUACCAGACCAGUCUCGCGGCUUCUUUCAUGCUCUGCGAAAUCCUCAGCAGGAAGACAGAAAGAAGUCACAAUCAAGGAAGUCCUCAAGUACCUCGUGUCGUCCCAAUGGCCUUUGACCCGAAACGAAGUAGCGUCAAGGACAUUGUUAGAGCACUGAAAGACAAGUUGCCACAGAAAGAAAAACUCUUCAUUCUCUGUGAUGAAGUGGAUAACGAUGGAGAAUAUACACUGUUCGUCGACUUCUGCGAUGAGCUUCAAGAAAACGUCCCAGAUAUUAAUUUGUGGUACGCCAGCUGUUUAACAGAAAAUAGUCCAAGGAACUGGAAAGUGAAAAUUCUGGCUUCCCCUAUAAGUUGCCCGCCAGCAAUCUUGAAAGAGAAACAGCUGUUAGAGGCUGCUGAAGGAUGCAACUUAGCAAAGUGGAUUCCUGAGUCGCAUACACGGACACCAACAGAGGGACCACCAGUCAAGUACAUGUACCAUGGUAGGGAAGAGCACUCUGAAGGAGAUCCACAAGACUGUCAAGCCUGCGCCAAAGAAGUGAUUCGCUACCUUCAAACUUUGUUUACAGGAAAAGCGACAUUGACCUCAGAAUCUACUUUCACAAGCAUCGCACCUGGUUCACCUGCGUCUGAGCUUCGCCUUCAUGACAAGGACAUGAUGGUGUUGACUGAAUCUGAUGUGAAGGAGAAUGCGACCUUCUUCGAGCUGUUGAGAAAUUCUGGUUUUAAGACAAAGUUAAUAAAAGAUCCACAGACAGAUAGUAUUUUAAAGGACGCAAGUCAAAGUGUACUCAUAGCAAACGGGAAAUACGUUCAUGGCAUCAAAAGAAAAGUUGUGGUUUUCUUGGAAGCAAAGAUCGAUAAAUCAAAGUCGAAGAAACCUGUAAAACCUUCAGACUACUUGAACAGGGUGCGGUGUGUAACUAGCUGCACUUCCCAGCUGAUAUGGGUAAAGAUAUCAUAGAGGCAGAUUUUAUAGCAUCACACAACUUGAACUCAAUGUUUUGUUAAGAAGCUGAAGGAUAUUGUAAUCAAUGUCACGUAGACCACUCUUUGCUAUGUGUCACUGUAAUAAAAACUGUUAGAAAAGUAA